AUUUAUCUUUAUUUCUGUGGCUCUUGAUUUCAUUUCUGGCGUUCAUUUUAUGAUUUCAGGAAGAUGUUAAAUUUCAGUAGCUUGUAGAAAAUUUUGCAUCGGUCACUAUCGUGUUUGAACUUUUCUUCCCACAGGGGUGAUGUCAAGUCUGCAUUAGAAAUAUUUGGACAGGCCAAGGAAGAGGGUCCUUUUGUUUCACAGGGCAGUGCACUGAGGCUGUUAAACACCAUGGCCAAAACGGGUCAAACAGAAAAAUUUGAUAGUGUUUUGGAAGACUGUCUUCACCAUUCUGUGAAAGCAGUUGAAAUUCCCACCGAAGCCCGAGAAAUGAUCAGAGGCCUAGUAUUUGCUUGCGUGCAUGCUGGAAAGACGGAUCUUGCCUUGAAACUCAUGCUGGAAAAUGAUGUGUUCCUGAAUGCAAACACACUUUUGAAACCUGCGAGAUCCGCCGGCUGGAAAGGAGAGGUGCAAGCUCUGUUGAACGCCAUAGAAUUUUUGAAGGAAAACAACGUCAGCCCCAAAGAGAUGUAUUUUCAUCUGAUAAGGGCUCAUG